AGCAUUUAACCGGAUUUAAUCAGACUUGCGUUGCGUCCGUAGCACCCUCCAUUGCUUCCUCAAUCUCCCACCCAACCCCAACGCCUCCGCCGUAGAUCCGCCACCAUGGGCCAGUGCCCCUCCGCCCCUCGCCGCCACCACCACCGCAACCCCUCCCCGCCGCCCUCCCCCGCCGCGCAGCCGACCUCGCCUCGCUUCUCCGAUGCCGCCGCCGCCGCCGCCGACGACGCGGCGCCGGAGCCGGACUACACCGCCGAGCUCCCGGAGGAGCUCCUGGCCGUGGUCUUCGGCCUCCUGGGCUCCGGCGACCGCAAGCGCUGCUCCCUCGUCUCCCGCCGCUGGCUCGCCGCCGAGGCCGCCUCGCGCCUGCGCCUGGCGCUCGACGCGCGGGCCCCGCUCCUCGCCGCCGCCCCGGGGCUCCUCGCCCGCUUCUCCGCCGUCUCCAAGCUCGCGCUCAAGUGCGACCGCCGCGCCGAGAGCGUCGGCGACCCGGCCCUGGUCCUCGUCGCGCGCCGCCUCGGCCCGGGCCUGCGCCGCCUCAAGCUGCGCUCCCUCCGCGCCGUCACCGACGACGGCGUCCACGCGCUCGCCGCCGCCGCCGUCAACCUCCGCAAGCUCUCCGUCGGCUCCUGCGCCUUCGGCGCCCGGGGCAUCGAGGCGGUGCUCCGCUCCUGCACCCAGCUCGAGGAGCUCUCCGUCAAGCGCCUCCGGGGCCUCGCCAGCUCCGACCCCAUCACCGUCCCCGGCCCGCGCCUCCAGUCCCUCUCCAUGAAGGAGCUCUACAACGGGCAGCACUUCUCCUGCCUCAUCACGCACUCGCCCAACCUCAGAACCCUCAAGAUCAUCCGCUGCUCCGGCGACUGGGACCCUGUACUCCAAACAAUCCCCAACGACUCUACCCUAUCCGAGCUCCACCUCGAGAAGCUGCAGGUCAGCGACCUCGGCGUGGCCGCGCUGUGCGGCCUGGAGGUCCUCUACCUCGCCAAGGCACCCGAGGUCACCGACGUCGGGCUGGCCGCGCUCGCCACCAAAUCCCCCCGCCUGCGCAAGCUGCACGUUGACGGAUGGAAGGCGAACCGGAUCGGCGACCGCGGGCUGGCCACCGUGGCGCAGAAAUGCGCUUCCUUGCAAGAAUUAGUCCUCAUCGGCGUGAAUUUGACGUCGGCCAGCCUCGAGCUGAUCGCCGCCAACUGCCCCGCUCUCGAGCGGCUCGCGCUGUGCGGGUCCGACACGUUUGGGGACGCCGAGAUCUCGUGCGUCGCCACCAAGUGCGCUUCGCUGCGCAAGCUCUGCAUCAAGGCGUGCCCUGUUUCCGACGCUGGGAUGGAUAAGCUCGCCGCGGGAUGCCCGCGCCUCGUCAAGGUGAAGGUGAAGAAGUGCCGAGGGGUCACGUUCGAGUGUGCCGAGCGGCUUCGUGCGAGCCGGCAUGGAGCCCUUGCCGUGAAUUUUGACACGCCGGGCGGCGCCGGCGAGUUGCAGGAUGCUAGCGUUGAUGAGAGCGGUGUGCUGGAGAAUGCUGGGAGCGAUGCGGUACAGGAUGACUUUGAUGAUCAGAUAGGGGUCCCUGACCUUCUGUGUGGCAGCAGUGGCAGGCCAUCGGGUUGGAAAGCACGGAUGGGCGCUGUGAUCUCCAGGAGCUUGUCGGUUUCCAUGUUUCGGAGGCGUCCGCGGGGGAUCUCCUAUAACCCAUGAGUUUCAUAAAGAGUUGUGUGCUAUUGUUGCUCCUUUAGCCCUUUGAUUCUUUUAGUAUGUUUGUUGCAUUAGUUGAUGUUGUUGUUCGUUGCCAUUGAUGUUUUCAAUUUUUUUCUGAAUUCUUCUACCAUGUUGGUUGUCCCUGAUGCUCAUAGAGAAUUCAGUUUAUGUUAGUACAUGAUAGUUUGUCUGGAGGGCACUUAUUAUUUUGUCUUGCUCUUUGUAGUAGCGGAGAUUGUACAAUGUAAUAUCUUAAAUAGGAUCAUUUUUUGGAUUGAAAAAUAAUGAUGUGACAAAGACAUGGUCUUCAAA